AUGACUUCAACAUCCUUUCUACAACCUACAAAUGUGAAUGUGCAAAUUAUCGGAAAAGAAAUAAACCUGUUUUGGGAUUGUACAGGUCAAGAUAUAAACGUAACUUCCAAGAACAAGUUUGUAAUUUUCACACAAGAAUCUAACAAUCAAUAUUCAAUUACGACAACAAAUGAUGUAAAAAAGGCAACCCUGAAGCUCAAUAAAAAUGUAGAAUUUAAAGUCAGAAAAAUGGAUGACACUGUUUCUAGAAAAAGUAAAACAGUGCUUCUCUUAGAAGAAAUUUCUGUCAUCCCUAAAGGGAUUUCCAGGACAGCAACGGAAAAUGUGUCGUUAAUGGUUUUCAGUUCUUUGGCGACAUGCCAUUGGAUUUCUUAUGUUGGAGAAAACCUGUUCUACUCAUUACCAUUACAAAGAAGACAACACGCAGAAUCACAAUAUCAUUAUUGUGAAAAUAAUUUUCAAGGAAGAACUGAUGAGAAUUGUGCAUUGUAUGAUUUACAAAGGGAUUUCUCAAACAAGACGACCAUCUUUGCAGAAGGAUAUGAUAAUCAAAUACAACCAAUAUAUUUAAAUUGGUUUGAACCUUCACAAAAUGAAUUAUUAUAUCUAACAAAUCUAACUUGGAAAAUUAUUCAACGUAAAUUGCACGUGUCCUGGGAAUGUAAUAUACCAAAGGAAAUACAACAAAACAUUUCUUUCUCUGUAACAAUGGAUAAUCCUUUUCUUCCUACUAAGAGAUCGACCAAAAAUAAACAUGAAACCUUUCUCUUAUAUCCCGAUACAAAACUUAUGGUGACAACUUACAUUAAUGGCAGAGAAACACUAAUUAAAUCAAAUGAAGUUUCUGUAAUUUUUGAAGGGAUGAAAGGAACAGCUGCAGAAAAUGUCUCUUGUGUGGUUUUGAGCACUUACAUAACUUGCUCUUGGAAUUAUGGGAAAAAUGCACCCAACGAUACUGUCUACACACUUUUUAUGAGACAACAUAAUAUGGAGUUAAUGUAUAACAUGUCUACAUUUGAAUAUGAUGCACAAAAGAGAAAGGUUAAUUGCAGAAUUUCUGAUUUGAAAGAUUAUUUUGCACAUGUCUGCAUUACAAUAGAAGGAUCAAGCAAAGAAAACAUACAAAUGUUCGUAAUGUGUUUUACACCUGCUGAAAAAGAAAUGUUAAAUCCUCCAGGGCAUAUCAGUUUGGAGCGUUCUUCUCAGAGUAUAACAAUACGAUGGGCGAGACCCUACAGUUUGAGUGAACAAGAGGCUGUUGGGAAUAACUGCUAUGAAUAUAACAUUCAGAUAGACGAAAAAAUUAAGGAUGUAAUUUCUACUGAAAAUUAUACAGUACACACAAGCCUUCUUAAAGAGGACUGUUGGUUUAAAAUCAGAGCAAGAGGAAUGCACAGUUGUGGAUUAACCAAAGAAUGGGGUGAAUGGAGUAAACAAGUACCCUGUGGGUAUUCAAACAUUAAUAUGGACAAUGUACUCAUUCCCUCAUUUGUUGCUGCUGGUGUAUUGGUAACAAUCAUAAUUCUACUUUCAAUAUGCAUAUGGCAAUGGGACAAGUGCUUUCCUACAAUUCCAAAGCCAAAGAUAUAUCUUGAUAUUCAACAUACCAAUGAACAGAACAUGGCAAACGAUGGUGAGAACCAUACGUUAAGUGAUGGACCAGUCACCACCAUAAUUGAAGAUAUCUACUGAUGGACCUCUUUCAAGCCAUUACUAUAUAUUCUAUUAUAUAGAUAUAGAUAUACACACACAUACA